GCAAAAUAGGCCUAUUGGCCUACAAGCACCGGCAACGCGGUACUAGUAUGGAUAAAACUGCCCGCUGGCCGUAAACUGUCCUCAGUAACGCGUGCGGCACGCGUACAAGUAUAAACACCAGUGAUAACGUAGUGAAAGAAAGGAAGUGCCACACGCACAUCACAAGGACGAAUCUGAAGAAGCUGUGGUCCAUAACCAGGAAGAGAGAAGCGGACUGUACCAAGACGUACCAGGGUAAUUGAGUUGAGAAGUCAGAAACAAAAUAUGAUGGAGAUCCACAGUGUAUACGUUUAUUUUGUCGUUCUGGCAGUAUCCCUAAUCGGUAUGAGCUGUGAAGAAACAGUGAUUGAAGAAGAAGAUUAUAUUGGAGAAUAUCUGAUAUAUAGGGAUGCGAUCCGGUUCGUGGAAAGCUGUGGAAAGAAAGAAUUUUCCGUAUGCCUCAAGGAAAGGAUCCUAGACUACGUCGAGAGUUUGCCGCAGGAAAUAAAUCUCGGAGGCGGGUUGUGGAUAAAGCAGAAUCAAGGCGAUAGGAAUUUCAGACAAAAUGAAAUACCUGGCAAACCUAGGACUGGCGGUGAAGCUCUGGAUAAGAGGUUACUGGACAGAAUCAGCGAGUAUGUUCGAACACAUCGGGUGGAGUUCCUCAUGCCUCAGGGAGCCCUAAAGGAAUUGGAUAAGGCAGUUGUCGAAGGCAGGAAAAAGAAGGGUAACAAAGGAGGCGGUGGAAUGGGCAUGAGAGGGAUGAUGAUGAUGUUCUACCUUAAAGCGGCUGCAUUGGGCGCUAUCGCGCUCAAGUUCAUCGGUGCUGUUGCAUUCAAGGCCCUUCUUGUAGGCAAAAUUGCGCUAACAAUAGCUCUAGUGAUUGCACUCAAGAAGCUGACAGAUCAACAACAUCAUACGUCGACAUAUGAAGUAGUUGCCCCUCAUCACUAUGAUGAUGCUUCGCACUAUGACAGGUCGUUUAAGGUGGAUCCUAGUUACAAGGACAGCAUUGGUGGAGGUAGAAGUUAAAAAAUAUAACUAAUAAUAAAAUGUUCUCAAGAUAUCCGAGAUUUAUUGUAUGUGGAUGAGAGUAUGUCAAAGCGUAGUUAUAGAACCAUCAAUCACAAAAGGCAAUGUAGGUUAAUCUUUUCUGAUCUACUGGUUCCCUGGGAUGACUUAUCGUCAAGUCAGUGUUUCCUUCUAUACUACCUAUGAUGACAGGCACUAGUUCUACAUAACCAAUAGGUAUAGAAUGAAUGACUUCAUAACGAAAAGAUAAAGCUGGCUGCAAAAGGUUAACUAAAUAGGAUGUAUGGAUUAUUAUAAUUAUUGCAUUAUAUCAUAUAUUAUUGUAUUACCUCUGAUAUAGCAUCUUCUACAUUAUACCAGGAUGAAUCUUAGUCAAGUAUGAUUAAUGAUGCAAGACACAUCUUGAGGAUUUUGUGGUCAGAAACCUAACUAUAAAAGUUUGGUUCAGAACCACCACAAUAUGCAGCAUAUCUAGAGGUCACUCAGUAAACUGGUUAAUUUGAAAGAUUUGCAGAUAGUCAUUUCUUUUUAAGUGAAAUAGAUUAAAAUCUGGAAUGUAGUCACAUGACUCAUGUGCGUCCUUUCACACCAGAGCUUUAGUAUUAUUACUUAUAAUGUGUUUUGUACUUUGUUAUAAUUGUAUCAGUAAGAGUAAAGUUAUUUAUUUAAUUUAUUGAAUUAUAGUUAGGUGAAUAAGCAUAAUGAAAAUUAUACAAAGGAUUUGUAAUAGACGAU